AUGGAUAAAAUAAGAGAAAAAUCACCCACUGAAAUCAUACUUGAGCGAAAGUUAUUAACUGCUAGCAAAGAAAGCAUUGACGAAGAAAUUCCAAAUACAAAAUACAAUUUUUUUAAAGAAAAAGCAAAAGAAAUUAUUGAUUUUCAUUUGAACGAAGACAACGGCUCAAGAAAAACAUUGAAUUAUAUAGAAACACAGGGACUAAAAAGAAGUAUGUUCAAGGAAGAAGAGGAACCACCUAAGCUAUCAUCAAGCUCUCAGCGACAUUUAAAAAACAAAAAUAUACAAAUUAAUGAGCUAUUUCAAAACGAAAUUUCAGGCCAAUCUGAUUUUCUGAAAAUCAAAGACCUUAUGACAAAACAGAAUAUUUCAUUAGAAAACGCUAUAGAAAGCAUUAAAAAAAUUAAAAAACCUCUUACAGCUAUCAGGAGCUCCAACAGCAAAGAUUAUACAAACGACCAAGCAUCCGAAAUUGAAGAAAUUGCAUUAUAUCUCUCUAAAGAAAUAGAAAAAACUGCGUCUUCAUUCCGAGAGGUCCUAAGGCUCAUUGAGCAGCUGAGCAAGAUUUCUGCAUUAGAAAAAGCUGACAUUAAAAGAGCAAUGAAAGAAGAUAUGGAAGCAGCAAAAAACAAAGCCAAAAUAAAAUACGAGAACCAAUUGAAAGCUAUAAUUGAACAUAAUAAAGAGCUGUCCUCAAAUAAAAGACGCAGCAUUUCUGAAGAUGAUCACAAUGAAAAAAUCGCCCAGCUUCAAUCUAGCUUAAAAAAAUUGACUGAGUCCUACAAUGAAAGUAUUGAAAACUCCAAAAGAAAAAAUAUCGAAACUAAUAAGCUUCAAAACAAAAUAAUUUCACUUAAUGAAGAAAUUGAACAUCUUCAUGCUGAUAUUGAAAAUUUCCAAGCAAUAAUUAAAUCACAACAGUCUGUUGACUCUUCUCAGUCAGCAAACUUAAGAGCAGAAAUCAAUUACAUGCGUGAUAUGCUAAAUAAAUCUAAAAAAGAGCUAGAAAUUUCCAGAAAAACAGACACAGGCAAACUUGCAAAACUAGAAGUCAUGAAGGAAAGAGAAAUAGAAAGGCUUAAAUCUGAGGCAAAAAUAUUAGAAAAUCAGUUACAAGAUGCAUUAAAUCAUAUGAGGAAAGGAGAUGAGCUAGCAAGAGCUGAAAUUCAAGAUUUACAUAGAGAGGUAAGAAGAUUAGAAGAAGAAAACAAAUUGAACAGCCAGAGAUAUAAAGAAGAUAUAGAAAACCUCCACAGAGAGCUACAAGAAAAAGACAAACAGCUGCAUUUUGAAAGAGAAAAGCUAAUAACAGAAAUUGAUAUAAAAGAAGAGCUUAAAAGAAUUCAUUUAGAAUUGGAAGAAAAAGAUAAGCAGCUGUAUUUAGAUAGAGAAAGGCUGAUGGAAGAAAUUGACGCCAAAGAAGAACUGAGACAUAAACAAAAAAACGAAUGGGGAGAAAUUUGUGACAACUUGAUUCUUGAAAUUAAAACGCUUAAAGAACAAUUAAAUGGGGCUUGUGAAGAUAAUAGAAAGCUUAUUGAAGAAUCAGCAAGGGAUCGACAAAAUAGAAUCCAAGAUGAAACAAAGAUUAAAUCGCAGAAAGAAAAGCUUAGAGAUAAGCUUAGAGAGCAAGAUAUGGAAUUAAGAAAAUUCUGGGAAGUGGUAAAAGAGCUGCAACAAAUUGAUAGAUUGCGUUAAGAUUUGUAACGCUUAAUAUCCACUAUGGGGUUACCAGCACCAGGGCUUCCUUGUUUUUGGAUGUGUUAGGUUCACAGGUUUCUGGGUUGACCUGCUUUUCCGAUAGAACCUCACUAAGGCACACUUCAAAUGGUAGUUGCCAGUUUCCACGGCUCACCUCUGCUACUUCUUUGGCGCCGUCUGAGAACUAAGGCUUCUUGCUGCCACUGAAUAGAAGUGCUAAAACCAUAGGUCUUUCAUCUUCCUUUGGGCUUGCCAGAGGGUACUCCUCCAAGUUGUUUAUCAGUCUUCAUUGGGAUAGAAUUCAUAUAAAAACCAAAAUUUUGAUCAGCAGAUUGGCAGCUAACGAAUGCCACAAUUUUAUGAAUAUGCUACAAAUAAAACACAGCUAAAGGAAAAAUUGAUUUCAAUGAUAUCAGAUCUCUAAUGAACGUUAAAGGCUUGGCAAGGCAAAUUAAACGAGCACAAAAGACUUUUUAA